AUUUGUUGAACGUGAUUUUGAUUUCAUAAUAAUCCCAGUUUAAGCACACAAGCGCAGGCGAGAAGGAACUACUUUUCAUUGCGUGUGACCGUCGACGUCAGAAAUGGUGUGCGGCCCUGUUCAGCCCAAAUGAGAGAGAAAGGAACGAAAAUGCUGUGAAAGAUUGUUGCAGAGUGACCCAGAUUAUUUUGGAUUUAAUUCGAUAUAUGACUAUGGAUGUGACUCCUCCAGCCUCACAGUGUGAUAGUGCAGUGAAUAAGCAAUAUAGUGCAAUAGAAAUCGAGCUGUACUAUUUGAUGGUCAAGUAUUUAUCUGCAGGACCGUGUAAGAAGGCUUAUGAGGUGCUGAAAGCUGAAAUCGAGGAAAAUGAGUUACUUCCUAAAAGACACGAUUGGUUGGGAAAUGAGAAAAAGAAAACGUUUUCAGAAGUGGAUUGUCAGAAUAGCCAUGUCCGAAAAGACCAUCUGCUGCGUCUGGUGUCACGUUUGGGACCGGCUAUCGACCAGUUGGUGAAGCUUCCUUGGCAGUCAACAUUAUCCCUUUUGGGUGCAGGAUCACAGUCCUUGCUUCGGAGAGAAGACGAUUUGUGGAAAAGGUACCGCACUUUAUCAGAUGUUCUGGUGAGACAUCACAGUUACCCUCCAUUGGAGCCUAUAAAAGUUCGUGGACCGCCAUGUCUUACACAAACACUUUUAGGACGAGAGCUCUUAGGAAAUGUGAACCACAAGCAUGUAGUAACAGAGAAAUUUUACAACAGGAUACAGCUCUUCCUCCGUUCUGUUGGUCAUCUUUCUGCUGUGUAUUGCAUGCUUUUUGACCGUUCUGGAAAGUACAUUAUAACAGGAGCUGAUGACAUGCUUGUUAAAAUAUGGAGCACUCUAGAUGGACGAUUAAUGGCAACACUUAGAGGUGCAUCGGCAGAGAUAUCAGAUUUAGCAAUUGAUAGUGAAAAUACAUUAAUUGCAGCUGGUUCAUGUGAUAAAAUCAUCCGGGUAUGGAGCUUGCAAACCCUUGCACCG